CAACACAACACAAUUCCUAUUCCUAUAUAUCACCCACUGACCCUUUCAAAUUGCUAUCUUAAACCCUACAACUGCAACAUUUUCCUCCCUCUGCUAAACCUACUCACUCCUCUUUCACUCUUCUCCUCCUAACCCUUGUUCCUUCGAAAUAUGAACCACGACGACAAACUCACCAUGGACCUGGUUCCACCAUCUGAACACCUCUGCUACGUUCGUUGCAACUUCUGCAACACUGUCCUCGCGGUUGGUAUCCCAUGCAAGAGGCUGUUAGACACUGUGACAGUGAAGUGUGGCCACUGCAGCAACCUCUCCUUUCUGAGCACCAGACCCCCAAAUUCUCAAAACCAAAGCAUUGAUCACACCCUCAGUCUCCAGCAGGGGUUUUACAGUAAUGCCAAAAAGGGACAAGCAUCGUCUUCAUCUUCCUCACCAACCACAUCCAACGAGUCAGUGUCCCCCAAAGCAGCAUCAUUCGUUGUGAAACCACCUGAGAAAAAGCACCGUCUCCCAUCUGCAUACAAUCGUUUCAUGAAAGAGGAGAUACAGCGCAUCAAAGCAGCUAACCCUGAGAUCCCACAUCGAGAAGCUUUCAGCGCUGCUGCGAAAAAUUGGGCAAGGUUCAUUCCAAAUUCACCAACCAGUUCAGUUUCUGCAAGUAAAGUUAAUGCAGAUUGAUGGAGCUGUGGCAUUAUGGUUAAGAGAGAAUUGAAGCAAGUUAACUUAAUUAGGUGUCACUAAGUUAUAUUUAAUUAGGUGUUGUUCAUUUUCUACAUCUAUAUCUUUUAAUUUCCUUCAGUGUCGAGAUGAACUUCGUGUCUUCAUGUUGAUCUGAAAUGUCUUUAAUUAAAGAAGGCAGGACUUGUGUGCCUAUAUGUACUUAGUACUAAUUAAAUAUUUG